GCUCAUUUGAUUUUGUUUCUGCAGUGUGGUGUACACUGAAAGUCGGUACUAACUUAUUGUUUACACUUCAUAUAAAAUAUUAUUUUAAAAUAUGGAUAGACCUAGUGACACGAAUCCGAAACCAGUGACAUCUUUUUUUAACUUUGCAGAUGUUAAUGAUUUCUCACAGCACUCACUCAGAGCUGUUUUACAAGCAACCAAGAGUUCCAAUGAUUUACCUAUAGGGGAUGACUUUGACUUUUAUUCUACUUUCCGAGCAGUCAGAGAUGUUUUGGAUAUUGAAGGUCAAAGAAUCUUGACACUGUUGCAGCGGCUGCUUCGACACCAGAAUGUGAAGGGAAAUUUAUCUCACGGUGAUGUUUUAGAACUUGAAGAGCAGUUUGAUGUAUUGAUGGACGCUAAUGAUCAGAUUUUAGAGCGGGCUGGAAUUCUUCUUGACGAAGCAUCAGGAAUCGGCAAAGAACAAGCUCAACUCAUCAUAGCAGCAACUUCAAAUACAACCACAAAAACUUCUAGUUGGAACAAGAAACCAACUACUGACACCAGCAAGACCAGUGCAGCUUAUCGUCUGAUGACUGCUAGAAACAUUCAAAGACCACAGUUGAGUUUUAAAGAUAAGAUUGAUAAUACCAAUCUGCCAUACAAACCUCAGAUCCGAGUAAAGCCGCAUGCCCUUAAAUCUUUAGAAGAAAGUUUACAGCUGCCUGAAAAUGUCAAUUUUGAGGAUACAGAAGAUCCUCAUUUUAAUUACCCACAUCCAUAUUCCUAUGAGCUGGAGUCUUUUAGUCCAAAGCAAGCUUUGUUAGAGCCAGUGGUUCCCAAGGAACCUGAGCCACUGGAUGUGACACCAUUGUUAGUGAUCGAUACCAAAAGUCAGUUGCUAGAAAUGUUAGAUCACCUUAAAACACAAUCAGAAAUAGCAGUUGAUCUAGAGCACCAUUCUUAUCGUACUUUCAAGGGUUUAACCUGUUUGAUGCAAAUAUCUACCAGACAAAAGGAUUACAUCAUUGAUACAUUAGCAUUACGGAAUGAGCUUUAUUUAAUAAAUGAUGUCUUCACAGAUCCCAGUAUCACUAAGGUGUUCCAUGGUGCAGACUCUGACAUCCAGUGGCUGCAGCGGGACUUUGGUGUUUAUGUGGUCAACAUGUUUGAUACUGGACAAGCAGCAAGAGUCUUGGGGUUUUCAAGGUUUUCUUUGGCCCAUCUCAUGAUGAAUUACUGUCACAUUGAGGCAGACAAACAGUUUCAGUUGGCUGAUUGGAGAAUCAGACCAUUACCUGCAGAACUCAUCAAUUAUGCAAGGGAGGAUACUCAUUAUCUUCUGUACAUAUAUGACAUGAUGAAAAAUCAACUUCUAGAAAGGGGCAAUGCUCAGAAAAAUUUGUUGUUGUCAGUCUAUGAACGAAGCAAAAAUGUAGCUGCAAAGAUUUAUCAAAAGCCUAUUUUCACACCUCAUGAUUACCUGGAGCUGUACAAGAAAAGUAAAAAGGUUUUCAACAACCAACAGAUGACUGCCCUGAAGGAAGUGUAUGCCUGGAGGGAUGGCAUGGCUCGCGUGGAAGAUGAAAGCUAUGGCUAUGUGUUACCUAACCACAUGUUGCUCCAAAUUGCUGAGAUUCUACCAAGAGAAAGACAAGGUGUACUGGCCUGUUGUAAUCCUAUCCCACCUCUUGUUCGACAGAAUCUCAUUGAGCUGCAUAACAUUAUUUUACAAGCCAGAGAACUGGCUCCCACUAAGAUUGAAAAAGUACCUGAAGUGGACCAACAGACGACAAAGAUUCCAACUUUUGAGUCUAACAAUCUGCUUUCUUGUCCUCAUGAUAAAUCUCAUGCAGAUCUACACACUGCUGAUAUAGAGAAAAGAAUUAUGGAAACUGGAUUAAUCACAAGUUCCUUACAGGUCACAGCUGAUCACCUGACAUCAGUUAUUUUAAAGCCAAUGCCUGUCAUCACUGCUUUAGCUUCCAAGUCAUAUAAAGUGGAUGGCAAGUUACAUCAAUUAGUCAAAGAUAUUGAGGCCAGUUUUGUCAAUCCCUUCUUAAAGUAUUUACCAACAGAAUUGAAAAACCCAACAAGUGUUCCAGAGAAAGAAAAGUGGACAUUGAAACCUUCCAAUGUUCCUGCAGCCAGCAAAAAGAAAACUGCGGAGAUUCCUGUCACUCCUUUCACGCCUGAAUAUGUGCCACCUUCAAAAAGGCUUAAAACAGAUGCGCAGAAAGAAUUUAAAAGUGCUAUCUCAUCCAAAGUUACUUUCAAGACUACAGAUCAGCCUGAGAGUGCCAAGCCAGUAAAUGUUUCUAGAGAAGAUAAGCUGGAAACGCAAAUUGAGCGUAAUAUAAAAACAUUAAGGCAGGAGAUUGUUUCGAAGAAAAAAAAAGAAAAGAAAAAUGACAAACAAAGAAAAUUGGCCAAGGCAACUACAGCUACAGAUGCCAGCUCAAACAGUGCUGUUGAGGACAGUGACGUUAAACCAUUAAUUCCAGCGAGCCCAGCAGACACUGUUCAAAAAGGAAGUGAAAAGAAAAAAAAGAAAAAGAUUGCAGUUUCUGAGCUAUUAGAAAACUUUGAGAGUUUUGACUACAAAGCAGCCGCGUCUUCUAUAGCCAAAGAGAACUCAAAGAAAAAGAAAACAGAUGUGUUCAACCCUAAUUUACCUUCACGCUCUGGAAAAAACAAGAAUAAAGUCAAGAAACCAAAACUCUCUGGUCCCAAAAGUAAUGUGAGUUCUACAUUUGGACCAUCACCUGGCGGUCCUAACAAGAAAAGAAAAUAAUGUGUAAUAUUAUCUUACAAAUACUGUACAAAUGUAUGUCUAUAUAAAAAAUAUAAGCUUGUGAAAUAUAGUCAUAGAGACUGUAUCAACUUCUACUCAAAAUAAAAUGACUUAAGAUCAUUAGUGAA